UUGUGCAGGGUUUUAGAGGUCUUUGUUCUUUUCUCACUGGCAUCUGGGUCCCCUGGGAGUUUUGAGAGGAUAUGGGAAAAGGGAAUUUGGUGUUGUUCGUUUUUUCUUUUGCACAAGAUUUUUUUUUUUUUUUAAAUGUAAGGGGCAGCAGAUGGCAAUUGCAGCUGGAAGAGUUACUGGAUAUGAGACCGGAAAUGAGAAUGAUAGGAAGUGACAGCUGUAGAGACAUUUAUCAUCCUUGAAUAGGUUUCUGAUGCCAGCUAUAUCUGCAUGAAGUGUUGCUUGACAGAGGUGGUCAAAGGACUGGAACUGCGGCAAGGCAGUGAUGGAGGUCAGAUAGGAUUUGAGCAGGUAGUUAUUCGCCGGCUUCCUCCUUGCCUAACUAAAGAGCAGCUGGAGGAGCAGCUGCAUCCUCUACCUGCCCAUGAUUAUUUUGAAUUUUGCACUGCUGAUCCCAGCCUUUAUCCACAUCUCUACUCCAGAGCAUACAUUAACUUUAGAAAUCCUGAGGACAUCCUUCUUUUUAGAGAUCGAUUUGAUGGCUAUGUCUUCAUUGAUAAUAAAGGUUUGGAAUAUCCUGCUGUGGUAGAAUUUGCACCAUUUCAAAAGAUUUCAAAAAAGAAGCUAAAGAAAAAAGAUGCGAAAGCUGGGAGCAUUGAAGAUGAUCCAGAAUAUAGAAAAUUUUUAGAAAGUUAUUGUGCCGAUGAAGAGAAAAUCUGUGCCAAUCCUGAGACUCUGUUGGGAGAGAUUGAGGCAAAAACAAGGGAACUCAUUGCUAGAAGAACAACACCUCUUUUGGAAUAUAUUAAAAAUAGAAAAUUAGAAAAGCAGAGGAUACGGGAAGAGAAAAGAGAAGAACGGAGGAGAAGGGAACUGGAAAAGAAACGUCUGAGAGAAGAAGAGAAAAGAAAGCGCAGAGAAGAAGAAAGACGUAAAAGAAAAGAAGCAGAGAAGCAAAAGAAAAUUGCUGAAAAAGAAAUAAGGAUCAAGCUUCUUAAGAAGCCUGAAAAGGGAGAUGAACAGGCCAGUGAAAAACACAAGGAAAAAGGAGAAGAAGCUGAUAUUGAAGAAGGCAAAUGGGAAAAAUCAUCUGGAUCUGGGAGUAUAAAAUCCAAGUCAUUGGAGGGUCCAUUAAAGGAACUUAAGGAAAAGUCACAAAAUGAUAGUGAUAAAGAGCAAAGGGAUUUGGAGAGAAGAUUUCGAGAAAAAGAACCUGAAAGACAAAGGAUCGUCCAGCCAUGCAGUUAUACCAGCCCGGAGCUCGCAUUCGAACACAUACGGGGUCUACAAAUAAAACCUAUGACUGCUAUGGGAAGUUCUCUGAAGAUACCUGUGAUAGAAAAUAUGAGGCAGAUAAUUUAACUGGAGGUGGUUCUGAGAAGAGUGAAGAAGCAGAAUAAAACAAAAUGGAUAGAAAACCUGUGAAAAAGAAUUAUGUUAAUUUUAACUUCUCCACAACAUUCAUAAGGCCAUUUCAGAACUCCACAGAUUAUACCAACAAAAGUGUACUACAUUGCUUUCUUCAAUAAGAAAAAAAAUUAUUUGAGACAGAUGUCAUAUUAAUAUGGCAAAGAAAUAUAAUUGUUUUUCUACAAAAAGUGUAAGCAAACACCAUUUUCUUAAUUUAAUAGCAGUCCAAUAUUUUAUUAGGCUUACCCCAAGAUAAAAAAAACUUCUAAUAGUUUUCAACUUGUAUUUAUAUAAAACUUUUCAGAUAACAUUUCACCUUUUCAGAUCUAUUAUACUUAGAGAAAUAAACUGUAAGUUUGUGUCAGUUUGAAAUCUGAAGCACUUUAAAUGUGUUCUGUGAAUGGCAUUAACUGUACAGGACCUAGUCCUUCAAACAUCACCAGGCAUAAAGCUGACUAUGAAGAACAGUGCUAGUGGAAUCAAUGAUACCAUGGCUAGAAGCAUGCACUGUAAUGUUUGCAGGAUUUGGCCCAGGGUUUGCACAUCUGCGAGCCGUGUCUAUUGGUAUUUGUAGCUCAUUGUUUACCUUGUUUUCAUUUAGCUAUAGUGUCAGGUAAGUGUAAUUAAAAACUACAAUACAUUGUUACAACAUUUGCCAUUCCCCUGACCAUUUUUGCCUUGUAAGUUUUAAUGUAUUCCUGUGUUUAAAAUGGAAACGCAAUCCUCCACAUUUAAAUGCUGUAUCUGGUUUUGCAAUUGCAAUUUUUUUAAAUGUUUUUGGCACUGACUUUUAAAAGGUAUUGUACAGUGGUGACUUUUUCUAUGUUAAUGUUUCAUAUAAGUUGCAGUUGUAGGAUUUGGAAAUUCUAUGAUGCAUAUAAGUUAUAAAAUAUAAUUUCUUUGAGAAAAUAAAACAUCUAAUAGUGACUCUGACAUACUGUUCUGAAGAUUUAGGCCAAAUACUGCGCUCUGAUCCAUCUCAGUGACUCUAGUAACAGGUAUGUGUACUGAAAGACAAAAAAAAGGGCUUUUGAUAAUUGUCUGAUGAUUAAUACACUUAAACUAAGAUCUGCUUUAUCAGUGAAGUUAAACACUAAAAUAUUUAUUUUUGGCAUCAUAUUGAAACUUUUUCUAAUUAAGCAUAACACUUGAUUGUUCUAGUCUUAACAAUAAUUUAUUGUAUUUUCCAAAUGUUAAACAU